AGUUUUGUUAUAGACUCACCACGACCACUCGCCUGCUGAUACUCUGACUUUCCCAAGACCAUUUUGCAUAAAUCAUCGAUGCGAUAUUCUGAAUCAAUAUCAAACGACAUAGCGCUGGUCAUGGUGUGGCAUGCUGUGGAAGCCGCUUAUGCUCUUCUCCACGUUCCAUAUACUAAACAUGGCUGAAAUGAGCCCUCGAGCAGUCUGAUUCCGCCUCGAGUCUGACCGCCUUAUACCAGCAGCCUUCAUAUGAUGUUUCGUCUCCUCUCCAAAUUAUAUCUGUUGUGUCUCCAAAUCUUGGAUAAUGUUCUCUUGUUCCAAAUGGGUCACACUUAUCUUGCCCGAUUUCAUGAAUUUGCCGAUGCCGCUGAAGCAGACGGCCUACAAGCUGUCAAUCGCUGGCGCGUGGAACAGCAAGCAGAGUGGAAUAGAGUAUCGAACACGCUCGCGUUCCUCGCCACUAUGAGUGCAGCUAUCCUCGCGAUUUCACCACCCGCUCCCCCUCUCGCUUUCUCUGUUUGGCUGGGAGCAGCUGGGUUGAGCGUCUGCGGUCUUUUCAUUGUUCAGUACUUCCCUAUCCAGGCGUUCUCUAUUUCGGACGAGGACAUGGCAGAGCUAGUGAAAGGUUGCAAUUACAUCAACCCAACUUUUCUUGCGAUUGCGGUCGCCAGCCCUGUCAUAUUCGCCCUCUGGUCAUCUAUCCUUUUUGCCGUUGGCAUCGUCGAUUACAUUAUUGAGAAUACUCAUGGCAAACCGCGGUUCAUGCUAUUCUCGCUUGUACCAGUCGCUAUCGGUUUCAUGGCAAGCGCGGCCGUCAUGGUCAUCGCCAGCAUCAUUGGGCAACGUGUUAAAGCCCGUUAUAAGGGAAAGCCACGCCAUAGGUGGCAUGGCUUACCGCACAAUGACGGAAAUGGAAGUUCAUUGAACUUGACACGGACGAGCGUGGGCGCCUGACCUUGAAGGGGGUGUCGACUGUGGAUUAGUUGCAUCCACAACCAUCUCAUCGUUCCAUACAUUGGCCUCGCUUCUUUGAUAAUAUCCAAAGUCUCAGCAAACAUUUACAUCGUUGUAUUAGGCAUGUAGGAUUGAGUCGUUUUCUUCCUUAUUUUGUACAGCAGCGCUGGAAUUCUCUGAAAUUAUUGUACACGCAUUACAUCCUUCUGUUGUAAUGAACUACUCCCUCUUGUAAAGCUCCA